UUUACUUCCCAAGAAUUGAAACUGAAAGCUUAAAUGUUGAGAGUAGUACGGCGUGUAACAUUGCGACUGUACGCUAAAACUAUUUCAGACUUGUAUACAUAUAAUUUAAAUUUUGGUAAUUUCGCUUGUGUAGUGCGUAAUCUUUAUUGUAACCCACCGUUUCUGACCAAGUUUCCUUACCAAAAUUUAUUUUCCACGUUUAGCGAUAUGGAUUUCUCUCAAUCAAAAGCCAAAUAUCUAAGUAUGGGACUGGAUGAGAAAAGGACCCAUUAUCAGUGCAAGUCAAAGUAUGUGACCCUGAAAGGUAUACCAACAUGGGCAAAAUAUUCAGCAAAUAUUACAAAAACUCAAUCUACUUCAGAGUAUACCAAGAAUCCAAAUUUGAAUGAAAGAAUUUCUAUUUUUGUUGGAGAUAUUACUGCUUUAGAAAUAGAUGCUAUUGUUAAUGCAGCUAAUAAUUCUCUCAGAGGUGGAGGUGGAGUGGAUGGAGCUAUUCAUAGAGCUGCAGGGCCAGACCUUUUAGCUGAAUGUUGCACACUUGGAGGCUGUCCUACUGGUGAAGCUAAGCUUACUGGAGGAUAUAAACUUCCUGCCAAAUAUGUGAUACACACUGUUGGCCCUGUCGGAGAGAAACCCGACUUGCUAAAAAAUUGUUAUUUCAAUUCCUUAAAUCUUGUCAAAGAAAAUGGGCUGCGUAGUGUAGCAUUUCCAUGUAUUUCAACAGGAGUAUAUGGCUAUCCAAAUGAAAAUGCAGCACAUGUUGCUCUGAAAACAGUUAGGGAGUUCUUGGAGAAAAAUGAAUUGUCUUUUGAUCGAGUAAUUUUCUGCCUUUUCUUGCCUGUGGAUGUCAAAAUAUAUGAAUCGCUGACACAGCAGUAUUUUCCAGUCUAAAAGGUACAUGGAAAAUACUAGGAAUAAUGCUUUUGAAACUUUGUGCAUUGGAUUCUUAGUCAGUCAUCUAAUGCAUCUUCAGUGAAAUUUUCUCUAAAUAUAUGUUAUAUUGUAAAAAUUGUUAAUUCUUUAACUGCUCUGCAUUAAAUUGUUUCUCAUAAAAA